AUGGCUUCUUCGUCUAAUACUCCCUCUGCCACAGAUCAAACCGAUUCAUCGGGUCUUCUGAGCCUCAAUCCUAACCAGAAUCUCAUAUUGGACCAUGAUCCAUCCAAAUAUGAAGCUUUUCUCCACCCAUUGAUCGAGUGUUUGGGACAUUCUCCUGUGGCUCAAGCUCUCUCAAUGACAGAAAAUGUUCCAUUCAUUCAUUUAUCCAAUGCUUUCACCACAACUCGCUACCAGGAAAGUCGAUCGAUUAUUACUUUCAAGGUUGGUUUUGUACAAACCUCCACCACCAAGGCUUGUUUUAGUCGAUUGCUACGGGUUCCUGUUUCUAGGGAUUUGAUCGAUCUUAAAUCUGCCUCUUCUUCUGUAGUGUUGGAAAUGUUCUAG